AUGACGACAUGGCUUAACGUCGCGGAAAAGCCCAGUGUUGCGAAGGAAAUCGCCAACGCCCUUUCCGGAGGCGAUGCGCGCCCUGUCCCGAUGUCGGGCCGCUCCAACCCCGUCUACAAAUUCUCCUUCAACGGCACCACAAUGUUGGUCACCUCCGUCCUUGGCCAUCUCAUGGAGGAUGAGUUUCCGCCCCACACCAAAAGCUGGGCCCGGUUCCCAUUUCGGGAUCUUUUUACCGCCCAGAUAGUCAAAGUGGUGAAGCCGGAGCUCCAGCACCUCCAACGGAACCUCGAGACGCUAGCGAAGCGAUCACGAACGCUGGUGCUUUGGCUGGAUUGUGAUCGGGAAGGGGAAAACAUCUGCUUUGAGGUCAUGAAGAUCGCCCAGCGACAGAAUCCCCAGCUCGUGGCCAAGCGGGCUCAUUUCUCCGCCCUGACGAAGCGGGACUUGCUCUACGCCAUUCAGCACCUCAAAGAACCCAACCGCAAUCUCUCCGAGGCGGUCGAGGCGCGGCAGGAGAUGGAUUUCCGCAUCGGCGCCGCCUUCACUCGCCUGCAAACGAUUCGAUACGGUGACGCCUUCGAGGGCAUCACCCACGUGCUGAGUUUUGGCCCAUGCCAAUUCCCCACUUUGGGGUUUGUGGUGCGGCGAUAUUGGGAGCAGCGGGCCUUCGUCCCGGAGGACUAUUUCACCCUUCAACUGCGGCAUGGCGAGACCGCCUUCCGCUCCUGCCGCGGGGCGAUGUACGACCAAGUGGGGGCAACGGUGGUGUUGGGCGAGAUGCUGGUGGAGGCCGCGGCGAAUCAAAAUCAAUGCCGCGUCGUGAAUGCCCAACAACGGCCUCGACAUCGCCCGCCCCCGGUACCUCUGGCGACUGUGGUGCUCCAAAAAUUAGCCUCACGCCACCUCCACAUCCCCUCCGAGCGGUGCAUGUCGCUGUCGGAAUCGCUCUAUCAAGAAGGCUUUAUCUCCUACCCCCGCACCGAGACCGAUGCCUUUUCCUUUCAGGAUGCGGAGCUGAUGGAGUUGGUCCGCGGGCUUGUGGACUACCCCCCGGUUUCCGACUUUAGCGCCGCCAUGCUGGCGGACCCCGGCAAACGCUUCCGGCGGCCGCUCAAAGGCUCGCACGACGACCACGCCCACCCGCCUAUCCAUCCCAUCAAGGCCUGGGGCGGCCCGGCGGGGGAGGAAAAAGGCCGCCUGUACACGCUCAUCGCCCAACACUUUCUCGCCUCGCUCUCGCCGGACGCCGUGGCGGCGACGACGUCGGUGCGGGUGCAAUUCGGCGAGGAGGAAUUCACCACCGGCGGCUCCACCAUCCUCGAGCGGGGCUACCUCGCGGUCUACCCCUACGACAAUUGGCAUGGCAGCAGCAUCCCGCAUUACCAAAUCGGCGAUCGCUUCGUCACGACCGAGGUGGGUUUGGCAAGCCACCGGACGGCCGCCCCGGCGGAUCUGACCGAGACCGACUUAAUCACCCUGAUGGAUGAUCACGGCAUCGGCACCGACGCGACGAUCGCCCAACACAUCAAAACAGUCAUCGAGCGCGGGUACGUCAAGCGUGAGCGGCAAACUUUAGUCCCCACAACCCUCGGCAUCGCCCUGGCCUCCGCCUACGACGUGGUGGGGCUGGCGAGCUUACUUCAGCCCCAACUCCGCGCCCAAAUGGAACUCGCGAUGGGUGAUAUCGUCAAGGGCGGGAUCGCCAAAGCCCAGGUCGUCGACGCGUCGGUGAAGUUGUACCGUGAGAUAUUCGACCGAUUGGAGCAUAACGGGCGCGUUUUUUAUAAUGAGCUCUGCAAACACCUCCGUCCUGUGAAUCGGGCCGACCCCUCCCGCCAUCUGACCAACGCACAGGUGCGAAAGAGCGAAUUUAUGAGCUGCGGGGUCUGCCAUCGGGCAAUGGAACUGGUUGAGAACGCGGAUGGGGAUCGCUCCUCUUGGCAUCUUCGCUGCCUUCAGUGUGAACGCCAGUACCGUAUGCCCAACGGCGCCUUGAAUCGUCUCGAGCCCCUUUCACAGCGCUGUGCCCUGUGUUCAUUUCACGCGGUACAGGUGACCAACAGGGAGAAAAACACAAGUUAUACCAUCUGCCCACACUGCUUUACCAACCCCCCUCCCGAGAUGGAAAGCUUGGGAGAAUUCCGCUGUUUUCAGUGCACCGUAUCGAAUUGCCCCCUCGCGAAGGGGCUGGAGCAGCUCGCCAUCACCCGGUGCCAGUCGUGCAAGGAAAAUGACCUUCGUCUGCGUUCAAACGCCACGGGCUACUACUUGUCCUGCAAGGGAUACCCCACCUGCAGCUUCUCCGUGGGCCUCCCUAAAGCAAACGCAAUCACGCCCAAUCCAACCCAACGAUGCCCAACCUGUCAAACCAUGAUGCUCACCUUCGACUUUGGGGCGAUGCCGGUGGUUCCUGGGAUGGAUAUGGUAGACACCGUGUGUUUAACCUGCGACCACCGUCUACAGGGUUACCUCGUCAUACGGAGAUAUCAGCCUAAAAACGAGGCCCGCGCCGAAGGCAGGGCAGAGGUGAGAUCCAUCUACACGUUGCCGUCGGUGAGCGCAAAUAAUACAACCUCAAGGCGAGUCGGGAUUAAAGAAAAGACAACUAACAAUUGCAACUCAGCGGAAAAUGUCCUUUGUAAUUGUGGAGUGCAAGCAAAGAAACUUGUUUCUCGAAAAGAAACCUCUAAGGGGAAACGGUUCUUUACCUGUGCAAAUCGGCAAUGUAACUUUUUCCAAUGGAUCGAUUAG